AUGAACUGGCCUGCCCUUCUCAUCCUGCUGAUCAUAUUCUUCACCGUCGGCGGAAACAUACUGGUCAUACUGGCAGUAUCCCUGGAGAGAAAGCUCCAAAACGCCACCAACUUCUUCCUGCGUUCUUUAGCAGUGGCAGACAUGCUAGUUGGCAUCUUAGUCAUGCCAGCUUCACUCAUCAGCAUACUCUAUGACUAUGCGUGGCCUCUACCCAGAAGUCUUUGCCCCAUGUGGAUCUUCCUGGACGUGCUCUUCUCCACCGCCUCCAUCAUGCAUUUGUGCGCCAUCUCUCUGGAUCGCUACAUCGGCAUCCGCAGUCCCAUCAAAUACAGCCAGACCAACACCUCCUUCCUGGCCAUCACCAAAAUAGGAGCCGUCUGGACCAUCUCCGUGGUGUUGUCCCUGCCCAUACCCAUCAUUGGCUUACAGGACGAGCAGAAAGUUUUUGUGAACGGCAGCUGCGUGUUGAACGAGCCUCGCUUCAUCUUGAUUGGUUCCUUCGUGGCUUUCUUCAUCCCCCUCGUCAUCAUGGUGGUCUGCUAUUACCUGACCUUGCGCGUUCUCCAACAGCACGUCGCCAUCUUCCUACGCGACCACAAGAUGCACAAACCUCCGGACUCUUCUUCCCAGCCCAGCGUCAGCAGCAGCAGCUUGCUUAAACACGAUUCCUCGUCCGCCGUUCGACCGAACAGGCCCCGAGACGAGAACUUGCGAGGCGGCCCCGUGACUGGAAGUCACAAUUACACGGGUCAGAGAAGCCAAGGUCACCGGGGCAUGGCGCAGGCCCUCAAAAACGAACGCCGGGCGUCCAAGGUGUUGGGCGUGGUCUUCUUCCUCUUCCUGAUCAUGUGGUGCCCGUUCUUCAUCACCAACGUGCUGAUCGCCGUUUGUCGCGGGGAAUGUGACAACCACCUGUUGGCGAAGCUCAUGAACGUGUUCGUUUGGGUUGGGUACGUGUCUUCCGGAGUGAAUCCCCUGGUCUACACCCUCUUCAACAGGACCUACCGACACGCUUUCUCUCGUUACCUUCACUGCAGUUAUCAGGGAGAACCAAUGAAACCGCAGUUCAAAACCGCCUGUCAGGUUUACGCCGUCACACCCGCCCUGGUACUGGCCAGAAAAACGGGAACGGACAGUAACGGAAAUGGCUUAACCGGCCGAGACACUGCAGAUCAGGGGCUGAGGACUGAAGAUGACGUAGCCAAAGGCUCUAUAGACAGCUGCCCCACACCCACGGAUUACACAAGCUCUGUUUGA